AUGACGCGAAAGCACUACCCGCUGCAGACGAACGCCUUCCAGUGCCCUUUGCUGAGCGCCAAGGAUGAGAGCCGGCUCAUCCAGAGCGGCGAGCACGCGCUGCGGCAGUUCCUCGACCGCAUCCUCAACCACAACGACGCCAUCACGUGGACGUCGGCCGGCGAUCAAAACGGCGUCCGCCUCCUCGAGGGCGCGUCGCCUACCUUUGCCAAAGGUCUGACGUGCCUUCGCGCGAUCUCGCAAGUGAAUGCGACGCUUGAGGAGGUCGCGCUUCUCCACGCCUUCGAGACGCGCGACAAGUGCUUCGAGUACAUGCGCCACUACGCAAGCGACAUCCUCGACAUCAUUCCGCUCUACAGCCUCGUGAAGCGGACGUCCGAGCACCCACUGCGGCAAAUGUACGUCAAGUGGGUCGCCGUCGAGAGCCCCGUGCCCAUGAUCAAGAACCGCGACUACCUCUACAUUGAGGCUCAAAACGAGUUUGAAAUGAGCAACGGCCGGCGCGGCUGGGCGUACUGCCAGUCGUCGUUGACCCUCGGGUGCUGCCCGUCGUUGGAGGCGACGAGCCUCAACUUGAUCCGCGCGACGCUCGACCACACGGGCUGCGUCUUCUUGGAGUCCGAGACCCCCGGCGUCCUCGACGUCAUCUACCACAUGUCGACGGACUUCAAGGGCGCGAUCCCGCCAUGGGUCAUCAAGAUGGCGCUCAAGCGCCGGGCGCGCAAGAUCACCAUGAUCAACGACUACGUGCACGGCCUCCGCCUUGCGACGCAGCCACUCCGGAGCAAGGACGACGUCAAGAAGGCUGCGAAACCCGCCAAAAACUGCACGAUCUGCGCCAAAUCGUUCCGCUUUCAUCGGCAAAAGGCCUGCCAAGCCUGCAGCAACGCCGUGUGCACGAGCUGCAGCCACUCGUGGCGCGUCAAUGGCGGCAUCACGGGUCCGACGCGCGCACGCAUCUGUACCUACUGCUCCGACAGCGUCCGCGACGGGCAAUGGGAGCAAAGUAUGCUCAACACGUGUCGCUCCGGCACGUCCGACUCGACGGGUGCGUGGACCAACUCGAGCAAUGGCGUGCACCGACACCCUUCGCCCAACACGGACAGCGGGCCACGGCCGAUCCACUUGUACGACGAUAGCGAGAACCGGUCGAUGCACCGCCGCCGAUCGUCGCAGCGGCACGAGUCCGCACCGCGCAUCUCGCCGCCCAACAAGCCAACACCGUCGACGGCGACGACGACGGCGCAUAGCAGCAGCAGCGCUGCAGCCGGCAGUAGUAGCGAGGGCAUGGACCUCUCGUACUUGAGCUGCUACGGUGUCGAUGUCAAGCCAGCGCGCGCCGCUUCCGAGCGACCGCUGGCGCGAAGUGUUUUGGUCGAUUAG